CUCUCUGUUUCGCUCACUUUCGCUUUUCUGUGUGAUCGAGCGUGCAAGUCCCAUCGCUUUGGCUUGACUUGCCUGUCGUCCAGCAACAUGGCAAACUACGAUGAACUGAUUACUUCUUUGCAGACACAUGGUCAAGAUCACGUUCUGCAGUUCUGGGAUCGUCUGAAUGAUCAAGAGCGCGCCGAACUGGCCAAUGACCUGGCCUCGGUCAACUUUGAUCAGGUCAAAUCAGAGUUUGACACUGCCAUGAGCGCCGCCUCCAUGGGCAAAUUGGACGACUUCAUGCAGCCGCCCCCGGCCGAAUCCAUUGGCCACGCCGACUCUUUUCCUCCCUCAGAUCAGAUGCGUGAAUGGUUCCAAGCCGGUCUUGCUGCCAUUGCCAAGGGCACUGUCGCUGCCCUCCUGCUUGCUGGUGGUCAGGGCACCCGACUCGGUAGCAAAGACCCCAAGGGCAUGUUUCCCCUCGGUCUGCCUUCGGGCAAGACCUUGUAUCAGCUGCAGGCCGAGCGCCUGGUCCGCCUGCAAGCCCUGGCUGCCGCUCAAUUUGGAGGCCAGCCCGUCAUUCCAUGGUACAUUAUGACGAGCGACGCCACGCUGGAAAAGACACGCAGCUACUUUGAGUCCCAUCACUAUUUUGGAUUGGACAAGGCCAACAUCUUCUUUUUCAAGCAAAACGUCAUCCCCUCCUUGACACCCGAGGGCAAGCUGAUGUUGGGUACCAAGAACUCGCUGGCCCGUAACCCGGAUGGUAAUGGCGGCCUCUACCGUGCGCUGAAGGACUUUGGCGCCCUUGCCGACAUGGCGGCCCGCAAAAUUGAACACGUUCACGUCUACUGCGUGGACAACGUCUUGGUCAAGGUGGCCAACCCAGUCUUCAUUGGCUUUUGUAUGUCCAUCAACGCGCCAGCAGGUGCACUCGUCGUGCCCAAGGCCUCGCCCGAGGAGAAGGUUGGCGUUGUGUGCCAAGUCAACGGCAAGCACCAAGUGGUCGAGUACUCUGAGAUUUCCGAGAAGACGGCCCACCUCCGCAACGCGGAUGGCGCACUCACCUAUGCUGCCGGAAACAUUUGCAAUCACUACUUUACCCGUGACUUUCUUGAAAUCUGCAGCAAGCGGUACGACGAACUGCCCUACCAUGUUGCACACAAGAAAAUUCCAGUGGCCAACGAGGAGGGCGUGCCCGAGACGCCUACCAGCAACAACGGCAUCAAGCUGGAAAAGUUUGUGUUUGACGUUUUCCGCUUUGCGGACAAGCUGGCCAUCUUGGAAGUGACGCGCGAAGCCGCCUUCUCGCCCCUCAAGAACGCCAGUGGAGCAGAAAGUGGCACUGCCGAGACAUGCUGUCGCGAUCUUUUCAACUUGCAUCGCCGCUAUCUGGCGGCAGCAGGGGCCAAGUUUGUGGUCGGUGGUCAAGAGGUAUGUAGUGAUUGA